GUCAGCCUAGACACCUUGUUGUUGACGUACUUGCCAUGGUUCCAUGGGGCCUUAUAGUAGAGCAUCAAGCAAAUCUGCCAGCUUUCCAAGACUGAAACAUUUUGGUCACUUUUGGAUCUUUUUCAUUAUUGUGGGAAGCGCGCAUGGAACAGAAGACAUGGCCACUGAUGAUACUGUCGGUGAGACAUGGGACAUAGAUGUGUGGGACCCUAAGAAUUUCUUGCAGACUGCACCGCACUUGGCGCAGCAGGCUGCUACCCAAGAUGCUCCAACUGCAGACAAAUCAAAAAGUAUGAACCAGUUUGAAGUGUUCUCAAGACCGAGAUCAAAGACGCAUGCAAUGCCCAGAAUUCUUGAGCAACUCAGCAAGUGCCUGGUUGCUCUUACAUACACAGGUUUUUCUAUGCUUUGCGCCGACCUUUGCCUGAUUGGCUUGCAAUCGAAACAACCCCAAGAUCCAAGAGUGAAAGAAGGUUGUUCCAAUAGCUGGUGGGUAUUUAUGGGGUUGAUAUAUGCCCUGGUCUAUUUCUCCACAGACCAAUACGUGCCUUCGCUCCCACAGAUGGAGAAGGACUUGGGUGGUUCACAGUCAUUGAUGAGUGGAACUGUGCAGAUGAAUCUGUUCGUGAAGGCAACCUUUGGUCUGUUGGCUGCAGGUUUAUCUGACCGGAUUGGCCGCCGACCAGUCGUGUUGUUUUGCACCUUCCUUCUGUCCCUGGCCUCAUUCUGCUGUGCCUGUGCUAAUCAGAUUGAGUGGUUCAUCCUUGCGCGCGUUCUUCAAGGGAUGGGGGAGUCCAUUGAACCUGUUGUCUUCGCGAUGGCUAGGGAUCACUACCCUGAAGAACGGGUGAGGAUCAUUGCUGCACUCCAGAUGAUUGCCUUUGUGGGUAUCGCUGUUGCUCCUUUAUUUGGCGGUGUCUGUGCACACUUCCUGGACUGGCGAUCCUCAUUUUUUUCCUUGGCAUUAAUUUGGAUGUUGGUGGGUUUUUACGCUUGUGCAAACAUGAUGGAAUGCUGUCCUGAUGGUCCUCGUGAAAGCUAUUUCAAGGAUGUACAGCGCAUUCUGAACCCGCACCUUAUCUGCUUGCUGCUGAGCGAGAGCUUUAUCAUGGGAGCGUAUUUCAUCUUCAAUGCCAAUAGCAGCUAUUUGGUUGAGGUCAGCUUCGGCCAAUCUGAGCUGUCCUCAUCCAUGGGCAUGUUCGGCUUUGCUGUGUUUUGUGGUUUGGGAACCUGGUUUCUUGAUCAGGUUCCGAUGAGUGUCCUGAGUCGGGGUCGAUGGGCUUCCGGCCUCCUGGCCAUCAGUGGCAUCAUGUCCUUAUUUCUGACAGCUUACUUUCCGAAUGACUUCUGGGCGUACCUGGUGGGAUCCUUCGUGCAGGGUUCCAUGAUGAUCGCCAGCUUGGUUGCCGCCAACGUGCUCUUUUUCGAGCCCUUGGAGGACUGCGCUGGCAUGGCUGCCUCCUUUGAGAUUCUGGCACAGAGUGUGCUUCCCUCGUUCUUCUCGGCCUUUGCCACGCAGUCCAUGAUUCACUUCAGAGAGCCUGUGGUGGGUCUGACACUGCCGCAGGCGAGCUGCUGCAUGGCCGCGGGCGCACUGUUCUGGCUUGGUAUCUCUUUCCCACCACGACCUCGGCCUUUCCUGCAUCUUCCCCUGCUUUUGCAGGACAGUGAACAGUGUUUUGGUUGUUCAUUGAGGUGAGGAUUCGCUUGGUGACAGCAUUUGGAAAGCUUGCGACGAUUCCCGUGGAUCUGCAUCAACAGCUGCUCGAACAGCAGAAAACUGCUGUGUGUACAGCAGAGAGCUGUUGAGAUGACCCAAGGGCCAUCAGAUGGACAUGCUAAUAUUUUCCUUGGCGUUGCCUUCUUUUCAACUUAUGAAUCUUACAGCCUUACAGCUAUAAAAAUUGCAUAGAAUGCUAUACAGUCAGCAUUCAUCGUAUAGGGAAAUAGGGCAGCAGCCUCUGCUUGUUGCCUCGUGCAUGGUCCGGGGAUAUUUUGGCAGGACAGAGGGGCCGCCCGCAUCGAAGCAUGCCUUGUGUGUUGAGAAUGUUGAG